AUUUUGACAAUUUGAGUUGUCACAUUUAACACAGUUGUCUUUGUUAAAUAUUUUCGUCUCUCUAAGCUGAAAGUAAAGUGUAAUAUAAAGUACGAAAUUUGUGCGUAAAUUGAAUUUGUGUGGGCAGAAUAAAACUCUCAUAUAAUUAUUACGCAUUCCAAUUUAUUUCGCUAUUACCUACGUUACGAUAAUCGCACGUACCUAGUAACUAUAGUGGUUUUGAACUUUUGUUUACUUCGUUGGUUAAAUUAUUAAUGUGAUAAUAAAGUGCAGGUACAGAACACCUGGUGUAAAAUAGGUAGGUUAUUUACUAGCAGAUAUUAUAAUAAUUAUAUCUGAAACCUCUGAUAGUUUCCUAAAGAAACUAAUGUCAUUAUCUUACAUAUGUGAAGAAUAUGGAUCCAAUUCAGAAGAUAGUGAUACUGACACAAUAGACCAUGGAACCAAUAAGAGACCUAAGCUACCCACACCUGAUUUGAGCAAAGUGGCUGUUGUCCCCAGUGAUACUCAUUUUGAUGAUCCACAGCUUCAUGGGGGCAGGUUGCGGUCAUUUCCACAUGUGAGAGGAAACUGGGCUACAUUUGUUUAUGUGAAUUAUCAUCAUCACACAGAAGCUGUUUUCAAUUUGUUAAAAAAAAUUGAGGAGGUUGUUUUAACUAAAGUGGACACAUGCCAUCGCUGUGAUGAUUUACAUAUAAGUUUGUCAAAAACAUUUGUAUUAAAGUAUCAUUUAAUAUCAACAUUCAGUUCAUCACUUCAGAAAGUUCUCAGCACUGUUGAAAGUUUUGAUAUAGGGUUUGCUGCAGUCAAAGUAUAUUGCAACGAGGACCAGUCAAGAACGUUUGUAUCUCUUGAUGUAGAUCCAUUCAGUCAUAAAAACUUACUAAAUGUGUCAAAAAAGGUGGAUGAUGUAUUGACUGAAUUUCAGUUGCCAACAUUUUAUGAGGAUCCAUCAUUCCAUAUGAGCCUUUUGUGGACAAAUGGGAAUAAAAAAUCUGAAUUAGACACUAUUAUUGACACAUUAAAUGAUCUUCUGUUGCAGGAGAUCGAAAAAGAUUUAAGUACAGUGUUAAUUGACACAAUAAAUUGUAAAAGUGGGAACAAGUACUUUCAGUACUCAUUGGCAUAGUAGAGUAUUAAAAAAAAUUCAACAUGAAUAACCAAGACAACAGUAAAAAUAAAGUUUAUAUUAACCCAAAUUUCAAUAGGUCUCACCCAAAUUAUGGUUCCACUAAU